AUGCCGACUUGUCAUAGGUUUAUAUCACAGCCUAAGAUAAUUUUGCUCAAUCGACCUUCAUAUCUUCACUUCGUACACAAAAUAUAUCAAUCUGAAGUAACACGAAAUUAUAUUAGGAAAAUAUCUUUAACGUGUUUUGCCUCGACAGUCAACAACAACAAACCACUCAACGGAAAAUUGAUAUUGAUAAGUAUCCGUUGUCAGCGUACUUUCAAAAUAUUAUCUAUAUCGCAAUCACAAGUAGACGCAACCAAUGCUGGAUCUCUCGUACUGCAGAAACACGUUAAAACUACCAUCUCAUACUAUAUACUACAACAAAGUAUCCUCACCAGCCAUACACAUCGAUACAAGUAUCACAUUGGAACAUUAAUUUAUAGCUUGCCACGAAAUGGUCAGUAUCACGACUAG